UAUUUCAUCCAACUCACAUUUUACACUUUUUAAAAUGUUUGUGAUACAUAUAAUAUUUAUUUUGGGUGCUGUUUCAAGUGUCACAAGUGAAAUAAACAUUUCAGAUUCUGAUUAUAAAUUAUUACCACCAAUAUUUCAUAUCGAUUCUUAUGAGGAGUGUAUACAAGAAAAUAAAACUUUUUGCAGGAUAACUAUAAAAUUAUCACCAAUAAAUAACAAAACAAAAAUCUGGAAUUUGAUUGAGCAAACGAAAACGUCGAAGCGAUUUUACAAUCACGACGAACUUUAUUAUGCAAUUUGUGUCGAAAAUGGCCUCAAACUAGGUCAAAAUGACGCAUUUUUGAAAAAAACCCUAUCAGAAUUUUAUACAAACAAGUACAUAAAUGUUAGUUUACAAGCAACAGUUGUGGAAAUAAAUUGCCAAAGUUACAAAUACCAAAUAAAAAAGUUCGAUCUUUUCGUAUUAAUUUUUAUAAUUCUCUAUUUAUUACUGAUACUUGUGGCAACAGUAUAUGAUUUAAAACGACACAAAGGGAACAAAUCUCUGAUUUUAUUCUCUUUACGCCACAAUUUAGAAAAAAUAAAACGCAAUUUCAAUCAAAGAAAUUGUGAAAAAUUGAAAUGUAUCCAAGGAAUUCGUUUUUAUACCACUGUGCUUAUUAUUUUUUGUCACACCUUUUGUAGUUACGCUGGUGGUUACAUCGGCGAUACCAAAUAUCUGGAAGACUUUUCGCUAAAUUUCUUCAGACAUGGUUUAAGAAAUUUAUUUGUUUUCUUGGUACAAACCUUCUUCCUAGUAUCAGCUUGGCUUUUGUCGUAUAAUACGUUUAAAAUCUUUGAUAAAACAAAACGAGACGAUUUUUUCAAGUACUUGUGUCUCACAUUUUUGAACCGAUAUUUGAGGUUAAUACCACCAGUUUUGUUGAUGGUAUCAUUGAGUACCAGUGUUUGGAUUUAUGGGUCUUUUCAUGGACCCAUUAAAUAUGUUUAUUCCGAUAGGGAAUAUGAACGUUGUCAGAAAAAUUGGUGGGUGAUUUUUUUAUUUUUGAGCAAUCAUUACCAACAGCACGACAUGUGUUACUUCACUAAUUGGUAUCUCUCUGCUGAUACCCAACUUUAUGCAAUUUCGUUAAUCCUUCUAAUAAUUAUUUUAAAAUUUAGACUUAUGAAAAUUCGAAUACUAACAAUUUUUCUACUAAUUAGCAUUUUUAUUCCAUCAAUGGUCACGUUUAUCUACAAACUUGACAUUAUUUACAGAAUUACACCCGAGAAUUCAAAAAACAAUCUUUUCCAAUCAUUCGAAUUCAGUGCUACUUAUACCUCAACUUACUCAAACAUGGCCACUUAUAUUUUAGGACUAAUAUUCGGUUUUGUUUAUUUUCGAUUAGAAAAUAAACCGAUUUUUAGCAAAAAAUGCUUUGUCCUUUUGUGGUAUAUUUUAUUCACAGGUCUCCCCUUAUCAGUAAUUAUCAUUUCUUCAUUUGAAUUUAAUCGAGUCACCUCAGCAAUUUUGGCGGGGAUUUUGAAACCAAUGUAUGCCUUGGGGAUUGGGAUUGGGAUUUUUGGGAUGUCCCAACGUAUUGGAGGUUUUUUAAAAUCGCUUUGUGAAUGGAAACUAGCCUUAUUUUUUGGAAAUAUUACUUACAGCACCUAUAUUGUACAUUUUGGGAUUGUUUUUUGUAGAACAGCGUUGGCAACAAGGCCACUACAAGUUUCGGACUAUAUUUUGUUCGUUUCUUUUGUUCAGGACACGUUUUGGUCCUUUAUUUGUGGUUUUUUGAUGCAUUUACUAGUAGAAAUGCCAGCGUCAGAGCUUCAAAAAAUUUUAGUUCCUAAAUUUAGCAGCGAGUCUGAUAAAAAGGUAAAAAAGUAACUUUCAGGCCAAAUUACAUUUCGAAUACAAUUUUAAUAAACAGAAAUUAAU